AUGACUUCUCCAAUGAUUCAAAAAGAUAUUGUGAGUGCUUGUAAGAUAGAAACAAUUAAAGCUAUUCCUGAGGAAUUUAAUGGUGACUACUUUGCCUUACUUGUUCAUGAGUCUUUUGAUGUGUUACACAAGGAGCAAAUGGCUAUUGUCUUACGAUAUAUUAGUAGAAAUGGAUUUCCGUUGAAGCCACUUCUUGACAUUGUUCAUGUUCAAGAUACUAGUGUUUUAUCUCUAAAGAGGGUUCUUAAAUCACUUGUUCUUGAUGCAAGACUAUUAGAUGAAAGAGCCAAGGCAUUGGGAUAUCUCGAAGUUUGUCGAACAUAUGAGGUUGCAUUCAUGUUGCAUUUGAUGAGUGAUAUUUUAGGAAUCUCAAAUGAGCUUAAUAAUUGCUUAAAAAAGAAGCAAUAUUUGGCAAAUACCAUGCUACUUGUUGAACAUGACAUUUUGGUAUCUAAAGAUUGUUUUGGCGAAGCGACGACUGAUUUGCUUCAUGAAAUUGCUUGUUUGAAUCCAAUUGACUCAUUUUCAAGUUUUGGCAUCAGAAAGAUAAUGAAAAUGGCUAAAUUUUAUCCUGAUGACUUUGAUGAAUUCAAUAUGGAUACUCUUGAGAUUCAACUUGCAAGUUACAUUAUUGAUGUUCGUGAUGUUGAUGAAAGGUUCUCUAAUCUAAAAGGGCUUUGUGAUCUUUCAAAAAGAUUAGUUCAGAAAAAGAAGCAUUCAAAUUAUCCUUUUGUAUUUCGCUUAGUGAAACGUGCUUUGCUUCUGCUAGUUGCCACUGCAUCCGUUGAAAGAGUUUUUUCAGCAAUGAAGUUUAUCAAAAAUGACCUGUAG